AGGGGUGCGCGUUCUGUUAUUAGUUUGGGAUGAUAAAACUUCCCAUGAUAAGUUCUUUAUUAACACGGCGGGAGUAAUGGGAACUCACGAUGAGGAGACCAAGAAGUUCUUUAAGCAUUCCUCUGUGAUAUGUGUUUUGUCGCCACGUUAUGCUAGCAGUAAACUCAGCAUUAUCAAGCAACAGGUAGUGGGAACCAUGUUUACGCACCAUCAGAAGUGCGUACUGGUAGAUACACAGGCAUCCGGUAAUAAUAGGAAAGUUACAGCAUUCUUAGGAGGUCUUGAUCUCUGCGAUGGUCGAUAUGAUACACCCGAACAUCGCCUAUUCCGUGAUCUUGACACUGUAUUUAAAGAUGAUUUUCAUCAGCCUACAUUUCCUCCAGGGACCAAGGCUCCGAGGCAACCAUGGCAUGAUUUGCAUUGCAGAAUUGACGGACCUGCUGUAUAUGAUGUGCUUAUAAACUUUGCUCAGCGAUGGAGGAAAGCAACAAAAUGGAGGGAAUUCAAGUUGUUUAAGAAAACAAUGUCCCAUUGGCACGAUGAUGCUAUGAUAAAAAUUGAGCGUAUCUCAUGGAUUCUAAGCCCUGCUUUUGCUGUUUUAAGGGAGGGUACUGAAAUUCCAGGGGAUGAUCCCAAACUACAUGUAUAUGGAGAAGGUCACUCAGAAAAUUGGCAUGCACAGAUCUUCCGCUCCAUCGAUUCUGGUUCAGUGCAGGGUUUCCCCAAGAGAAUUGAUGUCGCGCAGGCACAGAACCUUGUCUGCUCAAAAAAUUUGAUAGUAGAUAAAAGCAUUGAAGCAGCAUAUAUUCAGGCGAUAAGAUCCGCUCAGCAUUUCAUAUAUAUUGAAAAUCAGUAUUUUCUUGGAUCGUCAUAUGCUUGGGAAUCGUACAAAGAUGCAGGAGCGGAUCAUCUGAUACCAAUGGAAUUGGCACAUAAAAUCACUAGUAAAAUUAGAGCGAGGGAAAGGUUUUGUGUAUAUGUUGUCAUGCCCAUGUGGCCCGAAGGCGAUCCUAAGUCAAUCACUAUGCAGGAAAUUCUCUUCUGGCAGAGCCAGACAGUACAGAUGAUGUAUCAAGUUAUUGCAACAGAGCUCAAGUCGAUGCAGCUCUUGGACUCACAUCCUUUAGACUAUUUAAAUUUCUACUGUCUUGGUAACCGUGAAGAGAUUCCAAGCUCUAUCUCUCAACCUUCUGGUAAUGGUGAUAAGGUCUCAGACUCAUAUAAGUUUCAGCGAUUCAUGAUAUAUGUUCAUGCCAAAGGAAUGAUAGUGGAUGAUGAAUAUGUUAUUGUGGGCUCUGCCAACAUAAAUCAACGUUCUUUAGCUGGGUCAAAGGACACAGAGAUAGCUAUGGGUGCCUACCAGCCUCAUCACACUUGGGCAGAAAAUCAAAGGCAUCCACGGGGACAGAUUUAUGGAUACAGAAUGUCCCUGUGGGCAGAGCACCUUGGAAGGAUAGAAGAAUGUUUUGAGGAACCAGAGGCGUUAACAUGUGUGAGGAGGGUAAAUGAGGUUGCUGAAGAUAACUGGAAGAGAUUCGCAGCUGAAAGUUUUACUCCAUUGCAAGGACAUCUACUGAAGUAUCCCAUGCAAGUCGAUGCGGAUGGAAAAGUAGGUCCAUUGCCUGGAUGUGAAUGUUUCCCGGAUGUUGGGGGUAAAAUACUGGGGAAUCAUGCCCCUACUAUCCCAGAUGUUUUGACAACAUAAUCUCAAGAUUUAACAUAAUUGUGAGUCUCUUGGCACUGUAAAGAUAUAUAGCUGCGAUAUGUUAGAUUGUCAUUGUUUGUACAUUUUUCUAUGUUGUUAUGUUGUACAAUACAGGUUGGAAGACAGAUGGAAAUGAUUUGAUGCGUGUGAAAUAUUUCUGGCUAUUUGAUUGUUGAUUUGUAUUUGUGCUGAAUAAAAGAGUAGCUGCAGUCUUUGAUGUAA